UUGAGGGUUUACAAUUUUCCAUAUACAAAUCCACAAUAAAUCCAAAGAAAAAUUUGUAGUCUAAAUUUGUCGGCUCCCCCAUUAUUGAUAAUUAGUAUCAUCACCCUUUCUUCCGUGUGUUUUUCUCUUUCUUUGAAAUUUUCUGGCUCUUAUAAAAAUCAAAGCUUUGGGAAGACACGUUUCUUUGCUUACUGGGUCUGCUGAAUUAUUGGCUUCUCAAUUUUGGGUUCUGAUUGGUUUUUGGUUUUGGGUGCUUUGUUUAUUGCAUAGGGGGAGAAAUUGGGUUCUCAAAGUUUGCUCUCUUGGGAUUUCUCCCCUAUUUAUAUUGAAGAUUCAAUUCGAUUUUCAAUCAAAUUGUCAUACUUUGGCUUCUGGGUUUUAAUUUCUACCCAAAAAGGCUUUGUAUUUGUAUGUUUCAUAGUUAAUUGGUAGCUGAUUUGGAACUGUGAUAUAUUGUUUCUUAGUUUCUGUGGAAAAGUUUCAACCUUUAUAUUCAUAGCUGGAAUUGUAUGAUAUCUGUUGUUGUUAGCAUUUGCAUCUGGAAGUCCUGAUCAUUUGAGUGUUGGGGGGAUCACAUUUUUAUUAGCUUUGGGACCAUUGUUGUGAAAAGUUUUGAGAUUUGAAAAGAUGACAAUUGGGACUAUUGCACCGAAGAAGGAGAGGAAGUCAAGAAAGAACAAAGCAAUUGUUGAUGAAAAUGCUCCUUUGCUGCCCAAAUGUGGGGAAGAUGGUGGGUUUGAUGAGUUUAAUGGAGCUUCAUUUACUGGGGCUGUUUUCAACUUAUCAACCACAAUUGUUGGUGCUGGAAUCAUGGCUUUGCCUGCAACCAUGAAAGUGUUGGGUCUUGGUCUUGGGAUUACUAUGAUCAUACUUAUGGCCUUCUUGACUGAGGCUUCAAUUGAGCUGAUACUGAGGUUCAGCCGAGCUGGAAAGUCCUCUUCCUAUGGAGGCCUGAUGGGGGAUGCCUUUGGAAAAUAUGGGAAAAUAUUGUUGCAGGUAGCUGUGCUGAUCAACAAUCUUGGCGUGCUCAUUGUGUACAUGAUUAUUAUCGGUGACGUGCUCUCCGGAACAUCUUCUAGUGAAGGCCACCAUGCGGGUGUGCUUGAAGGAUGGUUUGGAGUACAUUGGUGGACCGGGCGUGGCAUUGUUCUUCUUGUAACAACACUUGGAAUAUUUGCUCCAUUGGCAAGCUUUAAACGAAUUGAUUCAUUGAGCUUCACAUCUGCCUUAUCCGUUGGCCUAGCAGUUGUGUUUCUUGUUAUUACUGUUGGAAUCACAGUUAUCAAGUUGAUUGAUGGAAGUAUUGGGAUGCCCAGGUUGCUGCCCGAUGUUAGUGAUGUUUCAUCAUUCAUCAAAUGCUUCACUGUAGUGCCUGUUCUAGUUACUGCUUACAUCUGUCACUACAAUGUUCAUAGCAUUGACAAUGAACUUGAAGACUCCACACAGAUUAGAGGGGUUGUGCAAACGUCACUUGCUCUGUGCUCAUCCGUAUACAUAAUGACAAGCCUUUUUGGGUUCCUCCUAUUUGGGGAUGGAACUCUUGAUGAUGUGCUUGCCAACUUUGAUGCUGACCUUGGCAUUCCUUACGGUACCUUCCUUAAUGAUGCUGUUCGAGUCAGUUAUGCUGCCCACCUUAUGCUUGUAUUUCCUGUCGUCUUCUUCCCGUUGCGGCUCAACUUGGAUGGCCUCCUCUUUCCCUCUUCCAGGCCUUUGGUUCUCAGCAACAUGAGAUUUGCACUGGUCACAGUUGGGCUGAUUGGUAUUAUCUUCUUGGGUGCAAACUUUAUACCCAGCAUCUGGGACGCUUUCCAGUUCACUGGAGCAACUGCUGCAGUUUGCAUUGGUUUCAUCUUCCCUGCUGCAAUUACUCUCAAGGAUCGACACAACAUAGCAACUCAGAAGGAUAAGAUCUUGAGUAUUGUUAUGAUUGUCCUUGCUGUAUUCUCAAAUGUGGUGGCGAUAUAUAGCGAUGCCUAUGCCUUGUUCAAGAAUGCCAAGACUCCAUCACCUCGCGAAUGAUCUUCGAUGACAGGUUGUUCUCAUGUUUUAGUGAAACCAUCGUCUGGCGGGAUCAUAUGAACUUUACUAGACAGGAAAACCAGGGUUUUCUAAGAGGGUUGAAUAAAUAAAAAAGACACUUGGGCUAAUGUAAAAUGGUGUGUUUGCAACUUUGCCUUGUGUAAGGAGAGGGCAUUGUAAUUCUUUGCGCUCUCGCAUGUGUGUUGUAUUAAGUUGUUUCUGACAUUGAACUCUGUUAUUUUUGGUAACAGAAUGAAUGAAGUGAGCUUUGAAGUGAACAUAAUGUUCUGUUAUAGUUGGGGUGCCA